GCUGUUGAUUCGAUCGCUGACGGUCGUCUGGAGAAGCGCUUGUCUUUAUCGCUUGUCGCUUGUGAAUUUUUUUUCCCUACUCCGUACUGCGUUGUUUUAAAACCGAAGUGAUAAGGGGGCGUACGAGUUCGAGUGGCGAUAACCUAAUGUCGAAGGUACUUCGGACUCCGGAUCUCGCCAAUUUCGUGUCAGCUGAGCGCAGAAGUAAAUAAAUUCUCCAACAAUCCGGUGCAAAACGUGAGUUUCGUUACGAGUUGCGAGAAUAUUUCGAAUGGGAGGUGAAAGAAAUUCCAAGUGAAAACACACUAGCUGCUCGACCGUGAAAUCAUGGAAUACUUUUGGACGUUGUUAGUCAGCUUUUGGGCUGGCGUCGUCGGUGUCUACUUUAUUCUGGAAAGACGUACGCACCAUUUCGAAAGAAGAGGUGUACCCUCCUUGAAAGCGACGCCGUUGAUAGGAAACACAGGUCUGAACCUAUUCGGAAGGAUACCGUUUGCCGAAAACGUGAGAAACAUGUAUAACGCCGUACGGGAGGUGAAAUACGUGGGAAUAUUCGAUUUCGUCAAUCCGAUCGUGAUGCUGCGCGAUCCGGAGCUCAUUAAGUCCGUCGCCAUAAAAAACUUCGAUCAUUUUCAAGACCACAGGAAUUUUCUGCCCGAGGAAUCGGAUCCCCUGUUCGCGAAAAAUCUCUUCUUUCUUCAGGGCGAUCGUUGGCGGGACGUGAGGACUCUGUUGAGUCCCGCGUUCACAUCCAGCAAAAUGAAGAUGAUGUUCAAGCUGGCUGCCCAGUGCGGCACGGACCUCGCCGACCACCUCUUCGCUAAGGCGGAACGACCCUGCGAUAUCGAAAUGAAAGACAGCUUCGCCAGAUACACCAACGACGUAAUAGCCACCGCGGCGUUCGGACUGAGCAUAAAUUCCCUGGAGAACCGAGAGAACGAGUUUUACACGACGAGUAGAGAGGUGACGAAUUUCAGCCGAAAACUGAAGGCGUUGAAAAUCCUCAUUCUACGCGGCAGCCCCUUCCUCGGCAGGCUACUCAACAUCCAGAUAGUGGACGACAAAUCCAGGCGAUUCUUCCUCGACGUUAUAUCGUCUACCAUAGCGAUGCGCGACGAGAAGGGAAUCGUACGCAACGACAUGAUCCAGUUGAUGAUGCAGGCGAGAGACACGAACGGCAAAAAAUCGGAACUGACGACCGAAGAGAUGACGGCCCAGGCGUUCGUCUUCCUACUCGGCGGCCUGGACACCUCGUCGACCGCGAUGUGUUUCGCGGCGCACGAGAUCGGCGUUAACCCCGAGGUGCAGAGGAGGCUUCACGAAGAAAUCGACGCCGUCCUAGCCGAGAACGAGGGAGAGGUCACCUACGAGGCGCUCCACAAGAUGAAAUACCUCGACGCCGUGAUCAGCGAAACUCUUCGACUUUAUCCACCGGUGCCGGUCAUCGAUCGCCUAUGCACCAAGGCGUUCGAUCUGCCUCCAGCCGCUCCCGGCUUCGAACCCUACAGAGUAGAGGCCGGGGACAGUCUGUGGAUACCUUUCUACGGUCUGCACAUGGAUCCGAAGUUCUUUCCCAACCCGAGAAAAUUCGACCCCGAGCGUUUCACGGAGAAGAACAGAGGGAACGUCGACUCCUCCGCUUACAUGCCGUUCGGAUCGGGUCCGAGGUCUUGUAUCGGCAACAGAUUCGCUCUGAUGGAAACGAAACUGGCGAUAUUCCAUCUGCUGGCUAAGUGCGAACUUUCACCCUGCUCGAGGACUUCGAUACCAAUCAAGUUGGACAGGACCAACUUCAACAUGGCAUCGGAAAAUGGAUUCUGGUUGACCAUUCGACGCCGUACGUAGUUACGGGGAGUCGCGAAACUUUACACCUGCAACGUUACGCCGCGAGGGAAGCUUGAACACGACCGAAAUCUUAUCUUCUCGCUAUUUCAGCUUCAUUUUUAUUUCACUCCGCGCGCGGGGCCGUGCCUGCAACACCCUUCAAUACGUAAUGCCAACUUCCUGCAUCGUGGAAAGCUGAAAACUUCCAGUUUUCAACAGAAAAGGACUCCUUUGAAGGAAAAAGAAGGCGUUCUUCGUCUCGUUGUUUUAUUUACUUGGAAAAAAAAAAAAGAAGCUUUUUUUCUCACUCAUCUCCCUCGGCACUCAAAAUCGCUUCGUCGUCGAUCUUUUUCAAUAUCGCAAAACAAUAAAAAGUUUCCGCAGUAAAA